AUGUAUGGCCCUAAAGUGGAUCUAUCAUUUAACGAUAUCACCAAUGCCUCAGGUGCACUGUUGGUGGUACCCCGAAAUGGCCAGCGGCCUUUAAAAACAAACUCUCAGGGGAAGUACCUGAGCCGCUCCUUGUGUCUCAGUAACAACAGCAUUUCAAAUCUUGCUGGCCUUGAGCACAUUUGGGAACACUUUCUGGCUCGACCGUGGAACAUUGGCUGGCUGGACCUGUCGUUCAACCAGAUCACAAGCAUAGACCCGGUUGUGUGCGAGCUGCAUGAACUGCGUGUGUUGUACCUUCACGGAAACGGCAUCUGGGAACUGUCAGAGGUUGACAAGCUGAGGGAGCUGCAGUAUCUACACAACAUCACGCUGCAUGGAAACGCCAUCGCAGGAAACAACAAAUACAGGAAGCAUGUAAUUUCCACCCUGCCUCAGUUGAAGAUGAUGGAUUUCAGUUCUGUGACUCGCGACGAGCGAGUUUUAGCGAAUGUUUGCCGAGACUGGAGCGGCCGUGGCAAAGCCGAGAAGCCUCCAGCGACCGCCGGCAGUUCAUGA